AUGGAAGCCAAAGCAAAGGCUUUAAAAGCCAAGGAGACCGUGCUGAAAGGCGUCCACAGCUACAAAAAAAAGAAGAUCUGCAAGUCGCCCACCUUCCGGCGGCCCAAGGCCUUGAGACUGAGAAGGCAGCCCAAAUACCCGCCUCGGAAGAGCGCCCCCAGGAGCAACAAGCUGGACCAUCCUGCCAUCAUCAAGUUCCCCUUAACCACAGAGCCUGCCAUGAAGAAGAUCAAAGAUAACAACGCACUUGUGUUCAUUGUGGAUGUCAAGGCCAACAAACACCAGACCAAACAAGCUGUGAAAAAGCUCUAUGACAUUGACGUAGCCAAGGUCAACACCUUGAUCAAGCCUGACGGUGAGAAGAAGGAUUAG